AUGUCAAUUGCUAAGACAGCUGCACAGGCUGUGCUGUCUGAUGCCCUGCUUCAGAACAGUAAUGUAGACAACCGCAUUCAUCACCUGGAACUGGAGCUGCCCUUAGACAAAGUCAUCAAAUUUGUAUCUGUAGGACUUCCUUUAAUGCUGGUGUCUAUGGCAUUUGCUCGAGAGAUCUCAGUUGGUUCACAGGUUAGCUGUUUUCCUCCCAGCAACUUCACAGUGAAGCAGGCUGCAUAUGUAGACACCUAUUGCUGGGAUUCACUGAUGCACCAUGAGUUUGACGAAAAUGGAAACUCAGAAGAACGUUCACUGUGGGUUCAUAAGAUGUUCCCCUACUCCCUGCUGAUCAUGGCGAUGACGAUGUACCUUCCAGCUCUGAUCUGGAAGUUCCUGGCUAUGCCAACUUUAGGCUCCGAUCUGCUCUUUAUAAUUGAUGAGCUGGACAAAUCUUACAACCGCUCAGUGCGCUUGGCCCAGAGCAUUGUGGAGCUUAAACAGAAUACAGACCCAUAUGAAUUUCAGGUAGAGUUGCAGAGAGCCAAGAAGAAACGUUACUUCGAGUACCCUCUGCUGGAGAGAUACAUGCAAUACAAGCAUGGCUCCUACUUCCUGGUCAGCAUGCUGUUCCUGCGUGGCUUCCUUUUGCUUACCUUCAUGUCAGCUUCCUGUCUCUACCUGGUCUACUUCCACCUCUCAGCCUUCCUGCAGGAUGAGUUCAGCUGUUUAAUGCGUACCGGGAUCCUUCAAGACCAGGUCUGGGUUCCCACGCUGGUGCAGUGCAAGAUCAGCGGCCUGAUGGUGUUCCAGGUUAUUAGCGUGGCUAACGGUGCUAUCUACAUGCUGCUCGGUCCCAUUGUCCUGUUCAGCCUGCUGCGUCUUUUCUGUUGGGACACCACCUUCCUCUCACUGUAUGAGGUACUUCCUGCUCUGGGGCUCAUCAGUGGUCAGAAGCUGGGCUGCCCGUUGAAUGACUUGAACGUGCUUCUCCUCUUCCUGCGCGCUAAUGUGGCACAGCUGCGCUCGUAUGGCCGGCUCAAGGCCUUGUGCUCACUGGCGCCACCUCAUUUGCACAGGGGUAAGGGCAUGCUGACAGAGGAGCAGGUCGAGGAAGCUGCUGAAGCAGCUGAGGAGCUGGAGGAGGAGAUACAAGAGGCCAGAGAGGAGGGCAAACACAAUCUAGUGGACAUCAUGACUAUGCUUGGAGCAGCCAGAGGGAAUGUGGUGAACUGCCCUGAGCAGCGCCCUCUGGUGGAGGAGAACAUGACACUCGAACCUAACCACCAGGGCUACCAUGAACUGGAGGAGUCUACAUCAUGUUGUUUUGGUUAAGCCUUCCACUAAUGGACUGAACCAUCGCUGUGUGAGACACAUAUUGACCGUAGACUAACCACAUCCCCUCUAGACUAGAAAUAGGUCUAAGCCACAUUGAUUAAUGGAGCUUUUUUUUUUCUUUUAUUGGAUCAGGAUCAAGUAUAUUGGUGAUCUGUCAGGCAAAUUCUUGUACACCAAGGUGCUUCAGGAAUAUCCAGGAAGCCUUCAAAAAGCCUCCAUUAGAAUUCAGUACAUGAAGCUUGUCUUGUUUUUUUAUAUAUAUAUAUAUA